GUUUGGAAUGUUAUUGAAAAUGCUGACCUGUUGAGGUCGACCAUCGCCACAUGUGGUGUUCGAGUUUCAUCACCUCAAGUGAAAACCAUCAUUUAACGACAGCAGUUGUUUAAUAGCUUGGUGUCAAACAAGGAAAUAAUUGAAGAAAGUCGUCGCUACGUAAAAGUUGUUAAUCGCACAUACAAGACAAAGAAUUUUAGUGUAAUGAUGGGUAAUCAACAUCGUUUAUAGUAAAAGAAUGUUUACGUAUGCAUUGUCGUGCCAAAGGCGUAAUAAUUAUUGAAAUAUCUUUUGAUCCUAAUAUGUCGAUACACGGUGUAUUUCAUUUAUCGAAGUCAACACAUACACCGUGAAUGUUAAUUGAAGCUCUGUCGCAGUAUGGUCAAUUUGACAACUGUUAAACCGGAGGACGAUACUUCGCCAGAUCGUUUACCAUUGUGGACACAUAUAUUGGCGCUUAUUCUGUAUGUGGUGCUCUUUAUUCUGGCUGUGUUUGGAAACGCGUUAGCGUUAUGGAUACUUCGCAUGAAGCCGGAACUUCGAACCUUAACACACGCUUUCUUAACAAAUCUCGUGAUUGCAGACUUAUUAUUAGCGUUAUUAACACCGCUCGAAGCGGUGGCAACAUUCUCUGCUACGUAUGUGCUCGGAGAUUAUGGUUGUAAGAUACAAAGGACGUCCUUAUAUUUCUUCUAUGCCGCUUCGAUAUUAACUCUGACAGCAAUAAGCUUAGAAAGAUACGUUGCGAUUUGCUACCCCAUUCAGUACGAUGACUUUAAGAAACGUAAAACAAGAAUUAUUGCUUUCAUUUGGUUCGCUUCUGCGUUUCUGAUCAUUCCCCACGUAUACUUGAGCGAGGAACGAACUCUGGACGGCGAAUCAGUGUGCUUUCAAUUUCACACGACGGACAAAACGCGGGCGCCUUUCUUCUUUCUUCCUUGCUUUCUUCUUCUGUACCUGUUUCCGCUUGCUAUGGUCAGCGUGACGUACUGGAAAUCAGCUAGGAAAUUGAUGGAACUUGAGAAUCGCUUAGAAGUCAAUUCAAUUGGAGACGUAUCCUUGACGGUGCGAAUGAGAAAAGAGGUUUUACGAAUGUUAUUGGUUGUUAUAGUAUUCUUUGUCAUCCAAUGGACUCCAUUUGAGAUUGUCGAGAUUCUAGACUCGGCGCCCGGGGUUAUGGAUGUGAAUCCCAUCAGCUCACGUCGCGUGGCUGUCAACAUGUUGGCGUUCUCAAAUGCUGUCGUUAAUCCUAUCCUAUUUGGAUUUAUGUCGAAGCCUUUCCGCGAUGGAUUUAAGGAAUCCGGAUUAAAGAUAAUCAGGUUUAUUUGUUGUUCGUCAGGAAGCCAAGCAGUGUGUUGUUCGUGCUGCUGUAAUCGAUUUAGCUUUGUCUUUUAUACUGGAAGUAAUGCUAACCUGACAUCGUCAACUCCUGAUACUAGCACGGUGCGCAUAGACUGGGAUUCCAGCUUUAGCAAGCUUGAAAAUCCUGUGACAAUUGUCGAGAACGAGUUGGUGGCAUUCCAAGAAUUACCCGAUGGCAAUGCAGUUCCAGAUCAUAAAUUAUGAUGCAAAUCAACACUUGUUGUAAUAUUUCCUUUGCAGUUUCAGAGAAGACGACGUUAUUAUAUUAUUUAUCUCUAAAAUUAGUUCGUGGAGAGCUGUUCAUUUCAAUUUUCUUUAAAGUAGACAUACGGUGACCGUCUGUUUCAAUCAGCAGACGUUAUUCAAUUAAGAUAAUGUUAAUACUGAUACAAGUUUAUUUGAAUUGCAAAUACAGCAUAAGCCUGUGUAAACAAGCCUGAAAUAAUGUGUACUAGUCUCUUUAUUUCGCUGACAAUACGAACAAAACCACUUUCUUGAGUUCUGUGGGCGUUUUGACAGAAAAAUUACAUUUUAAGUUUGUAUGACAACAUGUGUUGUUCCUUGAAGCAGAUCAGUAAAGUUUGUGCAUAUGAUUUUCUUCUUUUUCAAGAAAUGUUGCCUGACCUCACUAACAAGUUACUGACAAAGCCAAAGGUUUAAUUCAAUGCUAGAUUCUAUCAUUCAUUCAUGCAUAUAUUAUAAGUUAUAACAUUUCGACUUAUUUCUAGCGUGGACAUAGCUACGAACGAAAAAAUAGGGGAAAAUGCGAAGCAAGUGCAUGAGAACAGCGAAGUUUUAUGACAUAUUAUCUGUUUCUAUUAUAUUUAAGUAAUUUAUAAGAUAUUAAUUAAACAUGCACGUAAAUUUGUGACUUGCUUGCAAGUAUGCGCGAGCACUGUCAGGACACCGAAGUCAUCGAACAAUAUUGCAUGCAUGCGCUUUGUCAGUUAUGCAUUGCUGGAGUAUUCUUUUGUGAUAUCUAGGCAUAACGUAUUUCUAGUCAAGAAUAUAGUAAUACGUACUUGACUAAUUUGUCUUUAUGCGUUACCAGAUGUUUUACAAUUGAAGUGGAGCCAGCCAUAGACAUAGACAAUAAUAUCUUACUUUUAUUUAGAAUAAACAUAAGAUCAAUUACAAUAAGCUAUGAAAAAUCAUCUUACUAUUUAAACCUAUACUAAACCAUAUAUAUUUAAACGAAGAGAUUUAUUCAAUAUUUCAUAUACAUUGUUUUUGCAUGCACGAAGCGAUGUCGUCCGACUAAUCCAAUUUUCAUGCAUUGUUCUCUCGUGAAAACAGCUUUUUCUUCGACAUACAUUUCUCCGUUUCUUCGAUGUCUGUGAUUGUUUUCAUGGAGAUGCU